AAUCCACUCUGAACCAGCAAGUUGCCCAUAUUUAUUACAGGGGCUGUGAUUAUAUUUUGCACAGGCAAAGACGAUGGCUUGCAUAGUCGAAGACUACGGCUGACCGAUCUAAGCCAGCAACACCACCCGUAACCUAGAUGGCUCUGUUCUCAGGGUGAUGACACAGAAAUUCCAAAAGAGUUUAACUCCAUCAUGUAUAAGCCACUUUUAGUUGAACUCGAAGUUAAAAGAACAGGUUCCAGUUUUAAUGAAAAACACUAUUUAGUGAAUCAGAUUAUCAAAGACAAAGAAGUCUUGGACCGUUUCCAAAUUGAUAGCUCUACCACACAGGGAUCUGUUACAAGUAAACCACUCAAAUCCAUCACUGAACCUAUUGACUUGGUGGGAUCAGAAACUUUUCCUUAUGAUGCUAAUGUUAAUAACCAAGGCAGUAUGGCAAGCACAAGUACUCCUGACACUAUUAUGAAGAGAGACCUCAACAUGGAAUUUGAAGACCAAGCAGCUCAGUUGAAAAAGAAACCCAAAGUGAGUGUGAAGAUUGAGAAAGAUUGAAUAGAUUAAAACAUCCUCACCACUGUAUAAUAUGAUUUUGUUUCUGUUUAAAAAAAAGACACUUCUGUUUGAGAAGUUUGCUUUAGUUUCUAAUGCUCAGUAUGCAAUAUGAGCUUUUUUUUAUCAGAAAGUACAUGUUUUCAGCUUUCUAAAAACAACAUCAUGCUCUGUAUAUGCAGCCCAUUGUAUACUUUUUAAUAUAGAUAAUAAUGCGUACAAUGUUGCCAUCUAAACUUUUGAUGUUGGAUUAAUAAAUCUUUGUUCCUUAC